GUGUCGACAGUGAAGGCUCUCUCUUUAGAAUCAGACGACAUCCAUAACAGACACAAAUCGAUCUGCUUUGUUUGACAAUCGACGAGUCUCUCUCAGCUCGACCUUCUUCCAACCCAUCUUUCUUCCUUUACUGUGCUUCCAUUUUUAAUCCAACGGUACAACCAGAACAUCCAAUCCCACCCGAUUCAAUGGUCAAACCCAAUGAACCCUCGAACCUUAAAUUACAGACCCAUCUACUAAAACACUGAAAAAUCAGUUUUUGGUUGCGUCUUCAUCAACCCCAUCUUCGAUUUCCACUUCAACUUCCAGCCCUAACCUUUUUCCUACCUUUUACUUACAGACCCAUCUCACUGAAUAAUCCUUUUCCUGCUGAAAAUAUGGAUUUUCAAUUGUACCCACGUGUCCGCACCUCAAUUUCAUCUUUUUCCUUUCCCAUUUCCCCUCUUUCUUUGACCUAAUUAAUUUCCCCUUUUCGCGUUUUAGCUCCAUAGAUCCUGAUUGCUCAGACUCUGGAGCUGAUCUGUUGUUGAUUCUACUCUGAAGAUGGUGGCCAAGGGUUCGCCGGAUUGGCUUCCCUCUGGCUGGACUGUGCAGUAUAAAGUUCAGAAAACGGGCCGGAAAAUUAGGUUCUAUACAAACUUGGAGACUGGAAAAAGCUUUUAUUAUAAGGAUGAUGUUCUUGGCUAUAUUAAAAGCACUCAGUCUCAAAAGUCUCAACCAACUUCGAGAGGCAUCAAAACUCAGUCAGGAAAUAGUCCUGUGCAACAGACGGUGAAAUCAAAUGAACACCCUGAAUGGUUGCCUGCUGGCUGGAAAGUGGAGUCAAGAACACGGAUGAGUGGUUCAAAUGUUGGAGCUGUUUACAAGUGUUACAUUGAUCCAGUGACGGACAGCAGAUUUUAUUCAAAGCCAGAGGUAUUUCGACAUCUCAGAACUGUAAAGAACAAAUUAUGCACAUUGAAAGAGAGAAGAACAAGCAACGGCACGAAGUCUAGAAGUCGAGUUGUUAUUGAGCAUUAUAAAGAUGAAGAUUUGCCGCCUGGAUGGAUAAAGGAAAUCAAGAUCAAAGAAAAAGCGGAUGGCAUUAGGAAAGACCCGUUAUAUCCAACCUUCUUACAGUUUUACAUAGACCCAAAAUCUGGAUACAUAUUCCGUUCCAAAAAGGAGGUUUUCCGCUAUCUCGAGACUGGAGAGAUCAGUAGACAUGCAUUUAAACCAAAGGAAGGGGGCGAUGAAGAACAAGAGUUGAUAAGCGACAAAAAAUCACGAUCUACUGUUAGAGGACAGAAAUUGGAGCUGUCUGCAGCAACCCCACAACCUCUUGCAGGUGAGGAAAUGGCAACAGGGAGACGGUCAGAACGUCCAGGAGUCCAUAUUCAACAGUUGAAGCAACGGCGUAAUGUCUCUUCUGCACUGAAAGAUGCUUUAGUUCUUCCUGUUGAAACCGUUGAAGAGAUUAUUUUGCCUCAAGAAGCAGUCAUCAAGGAGUCUACUGAAAUCAAGGAGCCUACUGAAAUCGAAGAAAGAAGUCAUAGAAAUUCAUCAUCUCCUAAAGCUGAUCAUACAGGAGGUAAUGAAACUGAAAGAGUAUCUUCUGAUAAUGUAGCAGUUUCAACUUGUGCAUCUGAGUCUGACCAAGAGAAAGCAUUGCCAAAAGUUGAAAAGCUAGAAAGUAAUAAAAUCGAUAUAGUAGUAACUCCUGAUAACAGUCCACUUAUAGACACUGCAUCGAAGUUGGAACACGAGAGGAUAGCGACCAGUAAUCCAAUGGAAAGUGAUGACAAUGGGAGAAAGACAAAGACGAGGAAGUCCAGGAAGAAGAAAGACGUCAACUUGCCUCGGAGGUCUUCAAAACGACUUGCUGGACUUGAACCAGAGUUGGUGCCUAAAGUAGAUGCAAAAGAAGUUCCUCAAGCCUCAAAUAGAAAUAUUUUCACUGAAGUUAGUCCAGAUGCUGGCCUAACUGUGAAAGCGGAUGCAGACGUUCACAAUACAGAUAAAGCAUCCCAGCAGCUCGACAUGAGGUCGGAAAAAGACAACGAACACCAUAUACCUAAUCACAAGGAUACGUCCUUACGUGAAAAUCACAAGGACACUUCCUUACGUGAAAAUCACAAGGACACUUCCUUAUGUGAAAAUUCUUCCAAUAAAAGGAAAACUCUCACAUGUUGCCUUGAUGCCCCAGAAGAGAAAAUACAGAGAGUGGAAACUGAAAAGAAGGAUGAUGGAAAGAUGGAAGCGCAGCUGGAUGUUCCAAUUGCUGAUUUUUGGUCAGACCCAUGCUUGGAAUUUGCAAUCAAAACUCUUACGGGUGCGUUGCCGGUGGAGAAUGCCACUACCACUAAUGAGCCAGUUUCUAGUACUACAGUCGACCCAGUUUCUAAUACUACAGUCGACUUCCUGCAAGGACAGAGCUCAGUAAAAAAUGGUCCGGGAAGUCGCAUGAAUAAGAGAACUCAAGGGAACAAAAAAAUCAGGAACAAGAAAGAGCUCACUACUAAUAGUCAAUCUCCAAGUAUUAAUGGGCUCAAACCUGAACUGGCAUCGAAUAUAAUUUCCUUUGAUCAAGCAAACCCAAAUCAUCAUUCAAAUGAAGCUGUUUUGGCUUUUAAUUUAUCAGACGGUAGAAUACAUGGACAACCAAGUAAGAAUGAACAAUAUAUAACAUCUUGCGAAAUCUUGACACCCAGUGAGCUGCAUCAUUCCCUGCCCCCGGUAAACUCUGAACGAUUUAACAGUAUCAAUGCAUGUCAUGAGAGGAGCAACAUGGUGCUCGAUGAUCCGCAUCCGAUCCUUCAAACAAAGGACCAUGCGACAUCAGAAAUUCCAUUAUCCUUUCCAUUUGGGGAUUCUUGGGCAGAUCCGUGCUUGGAUUUUGCAUUCAAGACCCUCACAGGUGCAAUACCAAUAGACGAUAGUCUGGAAAUUCAAAGCUUCUUUGAGGAGCGACUCGAGUCCUCUCGUAGUCAAAAAGACAGUAGCCCAGCACUGCCAGAUUUUGGAUCCCCUAACCUCUUCCAAAAUGAUAUAUCAUCCCACUUUGACGGACCUGAAAAGUCUGCUACGGGACAGCACUUGAGUUUAGAUCCUCAGCUGACUCUAGGGAAUGUGAGCCUACCAAGCUGCAGUGGAUUCACUUCUCAACAGCAGUCUUCAGUGGAUAGAAACAGAUCUUUUAGAGGAAGGUGAAGUUUUAGAGAAAAGUGUAACUUUGAUGUAAUAACAGCAACAGGUCCUGAGAAGAACAGCUUAUUGCUCUUUUUCUUCUUUUUAGCAAAUUUGUAUCAUAAAGGAUGCUCGAAUCUGGGAUUUCACACUUAGCAACUCCCACGUAAAAACUUGAACCACUCUGUAUCAUUUGCCAGAAAUAGAAGAAAACAAAUUCCUAAUUUUUAA